CGUGACUGUUGACGCAGUUCGCCACUCGCGCUCUCUCUAUUUCUUCUCUCUUCGAGACCUUCCUUUUUUACUUACAUCACCUUUUUUUCGCUUUCGGAAAAAACAUCAUGAUUUCUUUUUUCGCAAUUACCGUGUUCGCUGCAGCCGGUCUCUGCAGCGCCGGAGCCGUCCCACGACAAGCAAGCAUCACAUGUACUUUCAAAGCCUACGAAGUCCAAGAAUGCGAGCCCUCCUCUACCUCACCAACGACCUUCCUCCAAAUCAACGAGAUUCGCUCCUCGGACCAGCAAAUCCUCGUCGAUGUCCGCGCCCAGCGGCCCAUGAAUGCCUUCAACAGCUACCAACGCCUCAACCGGAACGAACCGUGGGAUGUAGCGAGUCUGGGUAUGGAGAAUGGUGGAAGCACGCUGGUGAUUUCUCUCAACGGGUUGAACGAUACAAUGGAGUUCGUGUAUGGCGCUGCCAUGUGGACGGAAGAUAAUGGUGUCAGCGAAGCGAAAGAGGGGAACGCGGGCUGUGUAGUUGGGGAGUGGUACGACGUUGUGGGCCCUGCUACGAAUUGGGGAUGUAGUGCGCGGGCGAGAGAGGCGAGGAUAGCAUCGAGAAAGCGGAUUCUAGACUGUAGAUUUCCGUGCGGGAGCACGGAGAGGAUGGAGCUGGUAUAAGUUCGUCCAAGUCUGCCCCACGGAUGCAUGCAUCGCGAAGAGAGUGGUCUUUAGUUUCGUCUCGGUUUAGGAGACUGCGCUGAGAGAUCGUCCACCCUCUAGAGGAUAUUUGGACCGAUUGGGACUAGGUGAUGUGUGGCCCU